AUGUCCGAAGUAGAGUCUAAGCCAAGUGAAGUAAUUGACGUCAAUGGUCAGGAUAGCACCGUUCCACACACCACUACCACUACGGAGAAGGACACAACCAAGUCGUCCAAAGAUGUCCAUGCACAUGAGGAUGUCAAAACCUCCAUCAAAUCCACAGCAUUAACCACCGAGCGAGCCAAAACCUUAUCCAAACUCAUUGACACCCUCCCACAGAUACUUUGCAAAUUAGAUAAUCCAGAUUAUGAUGAGAUUUUUGGGUAUAGAAUCAAUACCAGCGACAAACCCCACGUUAAUGUCAACAUUCGUAACGAAAUUUUACUCAAGUUUCUUGCUGCUGAUAAUUAUGAUUUGCAAUUGAGCACUCAGCGAUUGAUAAAGUGUUUCAAUUGGAGAAACAAGUUUCAGCCUUUACAUGCGGCUUUCAAGGAGGAAUUUGAUCCGGAGUUGAAUUCAUUGGGUGUCAUUACCGAUUUUGCAGAAGCCAAUGCCAAUUUACAUGUAAUUACGUGGAACUUGUACGGUAAUUUGAAGAAUCCCAAAAAGAUAUUUGAAAAAUUUGGCGAUGGUGGUAGUCACAGCCACAGUCACGGUAAUAAUGUCAAUGAUGGUGACGACGACGACGACGACGACGACGUUGAAUUCCCAGGUAGCCAAUUUUUGAGAUGGAGAGUAGGAUUAAUGGAGAAAUCAUUACAACUUGUUGAUUUCACUCUGAAGGAUAAUAACAAAAUUGGCCAAAUUCAUGAUUACAACAAUGUAUCAAUAUUUAGAAUAGAUCGGGGGAUGAAGCAGGCAACGAAGGAAAUUAUUGCAAUAUUUGGCCAGAAUUAUCCCGAGUUGUUGAGCACCAAAUUUUUUAUCAAUGUUCCAUUAAUUAUGGGGUGGGUUUUUACAUUUUUCAAGACAAUUAGAGUUAUCAAUGAGGAUACAUUAAAGAAGUUUCAAGUUCUGAAUCAUGGCAAUUUGAGCGAGUUUUUGCCAAAGAGUGAAUUGCCAAAACUGUAUGGUGGCAGCGGCAGCCAGGAAUCUAAUGGCAAAAAGUCGAGCGGUGACAAGGGAGGUGACUUGUUUAGUUUGGAUGUUAGUAACAGUAUCAAGUUGACAGAGUACGGAGAAUGUGUAUUGAAACAGAAGGCUAACGAUCAUGCCAUUAAGCAUAUCAAUGAUGAGGUUGAAUAG